AUGCCUGGUUUGGGCGCAAUGGGAGAGACUAGCCUGACUCCCUCCCAAAUCCAAUUGGGGUGGUCUGCCCCAUCUUCUUGUACUCAUACUCCUGCUCCUGCGGCUGUGCCGCCACAUGUAUAUUCCCCCAUGUCUUUUGAUCAGAUGUCAGACCGCAAGCUUCUUGAUAUGGUAGCACAAAAUAUGAUUGUUUUAAAAAAAGAAUUCUUGCAGUUGCAAGGGGCUUAUGAAGCCCAAGGAGAUCAAUUGGCCCUGUUAAGGGCAGAAUUGGAAGAACAUUGCAAACAAUUGCGUAAUCAACAUAUCUUUUAUUCCAAUCAUAUUCAAGGAGCCGCUGCUUCCAUCAAGGCUGUACAAAAUCAGCUAUUACAUAUGUCUACCAUUUGCCCUACAGCUCCACCUCCACCUCCUCCACCUGCUGGCACUGGCACAGCCACCACAUCCCACAUUCCCCCACCAGCUCCUACAUCUUCUAGUUCUGAUUUGAAAUUUGCUAAGCCCAACAAGUUCAGUGGCAAGAAAGAAGACGCUCUCAAUUUCAUUGUUGCUUGCCAAGCUUACAUAAGGGCAAAAGGAGCUUAUCAAUCCCACAAAGAAAACAUUUUGUGGGUUACAUCAUACUUUGAAGGUGCUGCAGAGGAUUGGGUUUGUCCCUACAAGGAAAGGAAGGUGUUCAGGGGAGAAGCAGUUCCCCUAUUGGAAGAUAUUGAUGUUUUCUGGGCUGAGUUUACUAAGCAUUACGUGGACACAAACCAUGAUGAAAAAUAUUGCCAGAAAUGGAAUAACUUGCGGCAGAAGGCUUCAGUCCAGGAGUACACUUGCAAAUUCCAACAAUACUCUGUCUCUUUGGGUUAUAGCAAUGAAACUCUGCGCAACAAAUACUAUGACGGCCUUAAGAGCAAGAUUAAGGACAUAAUGCUGUCAACAAUGUUCCAAUGGCAUUGCGCCACCGCUCAACAGGUCUACAACAAAGCAGAGGAAAUUGCUAAUCACAUCAAAUCAACCCGCCUAUCCAAUCCAUCUGCCUCUACUGCCUGCACUCCAUCCAAUGCUGCCCCUACUACCACUUCCAAUCCCACUCCUUCUUGCACUUGUCUCAACAUUGGGGACAAUGUUUACAUGAUUGAUCCCACUACUCACUGCGCCAAGAAAGGCGCCAUCACCUCAAUUGUGCGCACAACUUCUGGCAAUAUGCCCAACAUCAGGUGGAAUGGGGAGACUAAGGAUACCAUGAUUCCAUUCCCAUCUCUCAAAAAAGACAAACACCCUGCUGCAGCCGCACCUGUUAGACCAAUCAUUGCCCCUAUUCCUAUUCCUACCGCAAACACAAAGGGUCCAGGUCCCAUGGAUCUUGAUGGAAGGGGCUUAGCUAAUCUCACCUGUCACGUCUGUGGGGGCAAGGGUCACUUUGCACGCAAUUGCCCAUCCAAGCCCAUGUCUGGACAUGUGGCUAAUGUCCUAGACGUCUGUAAGGACGUUGAGGAGGAGGGCGCUUGCAGCCGGUUGUAUCUAAGUGAGAACCGCGUAAGGCGGCAGCAAGCUAUCCUACGGCAACAACCAGCUAUACUACGGUGA